GCAAACACAGCUUCAACGCGGGCAGGCCGAGAAAAAAGUCGCGUUCAGGCACCACCCACCACCAACCGCACGCCUUCCCGAAUACCCCUCUUUGCCUGUUUACGAGUGCGUGCAAGAUGUCCAACCCCACCCAGAUCUUUGCGGAGGACGUCACGGAGGAGAAGGGCGAGAAUGCGCGUCUCUCGGCCUUUGUAGGCGCCAUCGCCGUCGGCGACCUGGUCAAGAGCACACUGGGCCCCAAGGGCAUGGACAAGAUAUUACAGUCGGCUUCUACCGGCGAGAUCAUGGUCACCAACGACGGCGCGACCAUCCUCAAAGCGAUUGCCCUCGACAACGCCGCCGCCAAGGUCUUGGUCAACAUCUCAAAGGUCCAGGACGACGAGGUCGGCGACGGAACCACAUCAGUGACUGUCCUUGCCGCCGAGCUGUUGCGAGAGGCCGAGAAGCUGGUCGACCAGAAGAUCCACCCACAGACCAUCAUCGAGGGCUACAGGAUAGCCAGCUCUGCGGCCCUCAAGGCGCUAGAGAAGAUUGCCGUAGACCACAGCAGCGACGAGCAGGCUUUCAGGAAGGACCUCGAGGCCAUCGCCCGGACGACCCUCAGCUCAAAGGUGCUCUCGCAGGACCGACAGCAGUUUGCCAAACUCGCCGUCGAUGCCGUCCUCAAGCUCGGAGGCUCGACCGACCUCACGCACAUCCAGAUCAUCAAGAAGGCUGGCGGAAAGCUCAAGGACUCGUACCUGGACGAGGGCUUCAUCCUGGACAAGAAGUUCGGUGUGAACCAGCCCAAGCGCAUAGAAAACGCAAAGAUUCUGGUUGCCAACACAGCCAUGGACACAGACAAGAUCAAGAUUUUCGGUGCACGCGUCAAGGUCGACUCGACAGGCAAGCUCGCGGAGCUGGAGAAGGCCGAGCGCGAGAAGAUGAAGGCCAAGGUCGAGCGCAUCAAGGCACACGGCAUCAACUGCUUCGUCAACCGGCAGCUCAUCUAUAACUGGCCAGAGCAGCUCUUUGCGGACGCUGGCAUCUGCUCCAUCGAGCAUGCCGACUUUGACGGCAUUGAGCGCCUGGCACUGGUCACGGGCGGAGAAAUCACAUCAACAUUCGACCACCCGGAGAACGUCAAGCUCGGCCACUGCGAUCUGGUCGAAGAGGUCAUUAUCGGAGAGGAUGUCUUGAUCAGAUUCUCGGGCAUCAACGCUGGACGGGCAUGCACCAUCGUCCUCCGUGGCGCAACCGAGCAACUUCUGGACGAGGCUGAGCGGUCGCUACACGAUGCCCUUGCCGUUCUGUCGCAAACAAUCAAGGAGCCCAGGACAACGCUCGGUGGUGGCUGUGCCGAGAUGAACAUGGCCAAGGCGGUAGCGGAGGCUGCACAAAACGUGGCUGGCAAGAAGGCCAUUGCCGUCGAGUCCUUCUCCAAGGCACUCCAGCAGCUACCCACGAUCCUGGCCGACAAUGCCGGUUUCGACUCAAGCGACCUCGUCACACGCCUCCGGAAAGCCGUCUACUCGGGCUUGACUAGCUCAGGCCUAGAUCUGUUGUCUCCUGGAGGUGGCAUCACGGACAUGAGGGAGCUGGGCGUCAUCGAGAGCUACAAGCUGAAGCGUGCGGUGGUGUCUUCGGCGUCGGAGGCUGCCGAGUUGCUGCUGCGCGUAGACAACAUUAUCCGAAGCGCGCCGCGGAGACGUGAGCGCAUGUAGAGAUGGGACGAGCAAGCGUGAUGCCGUGAAGGGGUCGACACUAGAUAGGUGUAUACUACGGAAGUCAUGAAUGCAGUCAGACGAGCAGGCUAAGGACCAUUUUUCUUUGCGUCAUGCUCCAUGUCCGAGCUGCUCCCAGGACAUGGGUCGCGAACUAUUCGGGUACGCGUGGGUCAGACUUGAUGCGCGUUGGUGGUUGCUGGCAAAUGACGAGUGAAGUAAUCAGACCAUGGCGCCAGGUGUCUCCACGGACUCGCGGGUAUGCUCAGCCCUCGCAGCAUGUCUUGUUCACUGUCAGCCACGUGUCGAUUGGUGCUACUGAAG